AUGGUGCGACAACAGCCCGACAGGAAGUCUGCGAACCAGCAGCAUCAACCUCGGGACAACCGGGAGCAUGAUGAUAGAACUUCCGACAGCCACGAGGGCUUGCCAAAUGAACCUGCUCCAAAGCGCCACAAACGAGGAAAAUACGUAGGAGAAAAAUCAAGGGAGCUGGCCAAUGCGGACGCUGGCUUUCAUAGUCAGGACGAUCAAUCACAGGUACCAGCUUUCUCAGGUGAAUCUUCUAUUAACCACACCCUGGAUCAAAUUGAGGGCUACCUGGAGCGUACGGAUGUCAGGUAUGGUCAUGCAGAGCGUCUUAUGUCCUGUCAGGCAUCAGGUACAUCUUUGACUGCGCCAAGCUCCCCGGCAGGUGGCUCUAGAGAGACGCAUGAGACAGUCGAUAUACGAAGAAUCUUGAAUACAUGUGGCAUCCAUCCACGCAAAGAAGAAUGGGAUGGGUACAUGCAGACCUUCUGCGAUGAGGUUCACAUUUUGUAUCCCUUCCUUCACAUUCCAAGCCUAUGGGCUAAUUAUGCCAACAUGUGGAAUUCUGGCUUUUCCUCCACGGAGCAUGAGUUUCAAAGAAGCAAGGAUUACCGGAUGAUGGUCGCUCAAGUCGUAUAUCUUUUUCGACUCGACGCCAAUGAAAGAGCGGAGAAAUUCUUAGCGCUUGCCAUCUCGCAUGCACAUCACCUAGGCUUUCAUCGGUCCAAGGUCGUCCGAUGUAUGUCAGCUUUCAACGAUGAGAUGAUUCGGCGACUAUGGUGGUCUCUUUAUGCACUUGAUCGCCGAUUAGCAAUUGAGACGGGCCACCCAUUCCUAAUCCAAGAUGUCAAUGUCGAUGCUCCUCAUCCCCAGAAUCUGGACGACGAAUGGCUCAACCGGCACAAGGAAGACUCCAAGACAAGCAAUGAGCUAGAAAACGACAUCAAGGCAGCACUUUCGAAAGAUCCCACCACACCAAUACCAUAUUUAUCUGCGACCAUCCGCUACUCUCGAGUUGUGGGGAAAAUAUGGGAGGCAAUCUACGGUGCAAAUAUGACGGACGUCAUCCCCAGCUCAAGUCUACUAGAAUACCUAGACCAACUCAUAUCCCGAGCCCAAGUGGAAGUACGACCAGAGUUCUCCGAUAGCCAUCAAUCCGAGCCGCCCAAUCUUGAGCGAAGUAACCCACUUCGAUGGCUUACCAAGCAACAGAUGCUGAUGCGAAUCCGAUGGCUCUCCCUCCGCCUCCUCAUCCGAAAACCAAUCCUCCAACAACGAGCAUCACCCCAGGAAUCUAUCGCCGACAUCCUCGAAACAGAAGUCACCUGCAUCCGAAUCGCCUGCAAUAUCAUUCAGGAAUUCAAACAAAUCCCCCAAUACACGGCGUCUGCAUUCCCCUUCCUCCACUCACUAGUCGGCGCCACAGUCGUCACCCUAGGCCUGAUCAUCCGAGAGCCCUCGUUCAAAGCAAUGUACGGCAACAUAACACUCCAUGCUGCAAUCUCACUCGAGAACUACUGCCGCAAGACAUGGGUCUCGGGAAAAAUGAUUCGAACAAUCCGAAGACUAAAUCAAAUAACUUCGUCCGUUCUGUCUAAUUCCAGAAAUAGAGCGUCGAGUCGUUCCUCAAUGCAGCCAUCAUCCCACAACCAUACCACGGAUACCAACCGUGUCCCUCAGACCACAUCAACCACAACCUGGGCAUCAUCCACUACUCUUCCUCUUGAGAAUCCUACAAGUCACACAUCCACUGUUCAUGCUAGUUAUAUCCCGAUUUCGGCACUGACGAAUCAAAAUACAACUUCCCUUACCACAAGUCCUAUGCAUGCCCCCCAUUCAAUAGCCCCAUCAACACAUUUUCAGCAUGCUUCCGAAGGAUGGACUGUUACGCCGACGAACCUCGUGACCACGGACUUUGACUUCGAGCAGAGCCUUACUAGUGACCUUAUACCGGAUGGUCAUGUCUACGGAUGGAUGGCCGGAACACAACCAGGUGAGAUGCAGCAGGAUGGAACUGCAUACAUGGAGAUGGGAUGGCUGGAGUCUUUGUUUGGGACUGAUCUAGGGUCUAAUGUUAUGGUACCACCUGAGGGUUAG